AUGCCUCGCGUGGACACCUCCCUGCCUGCCCUGGCAGCAGGCGGCAGCAGAAUACCCAGGACAGUUGAGGCCUACCUUACAACGAACCUGGAGACCCUGACCGAGGUCGACGGCGGGCUGCUGCCACACGAGCAAGAGGCGCUGCAGGCGCUGCAUGGCGAGGUGCUGCGCAGGCACGCGCCGCCCGGCUGCAGCAGCAUCGAUACCGAGCUGCUGCGGGGCGGCAUGCGGGGCGGCCAAAUGGUGGAAGUCUGCGGGGAGUCGGCCUCAGGCAAGACACAGCUGUGCCUGGCGGCGGCGGCCCAGGCGGCGCGCUCCAGCCAGCGUGUGGUGUAUGUGGACACCAGCAACGCGCUGUCGGGGCGCCGCCUGGCACAGGUGGUGGCCGCGCAGCACCAGGCGGCAGCCGAGCAGGCAGGGGGUGCAGGGGCCGCCGCGCCGCAGGCAGCAGCGGGCCCCCUAAAAUUUGUCGAGGUGCGGCGCUGCUACAAUGUGCACUCGCUGCUGCGGGUUCUUGAUGAGCUCAUGCUGCAGGCUGAGCAGCAGGCGCAGGCGCAGCGGCAGCCCGGACCUCAGCAGCAGCCGGGAGCGGCGCAGCAGCAGCCGGGAGCGGCGCAGCAGCCGGGAGCGCUGCAGCAGGCGCCCAGCUCGGUGCCGUCGGCGGUGGCGCGGCGGCGGCGCCUGGAGGAGCUGCCUGUGGGCCUGCUGGUCGUGGACUGCCUGUCCGCCCUGAUCACCCCGAUCCUGGGUGGCGGGCAGCACAGCCAGGGCCAUGCACUGCUGGCGGCCACCGCCGCCAGCCUCAAAGCCUUUGCGGCGCGGUCCGGGGCAGCCGUGCUGGUGACGGCACACAUGGUGGGCGGCAGCGACGAGCGGCGCCACGAGAAGCGGCCGGCCAUGGGGGAGAGCUGGCGCAACCAGCCGCACGUCCGGAUACAGCUGAGCAGGCCGGCGGAGGACCGCACCUCGGGGCAGUGCAGCGCCACGCUCACCGCCAGCCCCCAGCUGCCUGCGGGGCUGUCGGUGGCGUACUGGCUGGGUGAGGGCGGCCCCACAGGCACGCCCCCGCAAGCAGGCGGGCAGCAGGCGCAGCCGAUGCAGCACUGA